GCUGUAGUGCUCUGUUCUCAGCCACACAACCAUUACGUAGUGUUUUUGUGUGUCUCGUGAGCUUUGGCCACGGCCCUCCAAUGGGUGCAGCGGAACACUCGGCGUUCACUAUCCGCUAGCAAUAUCCUAGUAAACACUACUGUACAGCCCUGACAUGAAUGGCAAGUGCUCUUUGGACUACCAGCUAUUAUGGACGUGUCGCUAGCAUACAUCAUGUCAACCGGAUCAUAGUGUUUACAUUUCUUGUGCGUGCGGGGGUGGGAUCUAUGCACCAGAUCCUUCAUUGUUUUGACGAGAGACAUCCCGAGAUUCUUUUGAUCCUUACUGCUCGCCUGGUGAACGGUCCAUGGAUGUUAGCUUAUGUUGGUUAGCCCGCUCCAUCCACCUCGCAUCUUCCUACUGUGUCCAUUAGCGUUAUUCAUUGUGUAGGGUGAGCGAUGGCAUCGUCCGCAGAGCACGACUUGGCUUUCGCCGAGGCGGAUAACAACAAGGAAAAGGCAUUUGGGAUUUUGCGAUUGCAGGAUGAGAAAGCAAACCUCGCCGGAGAUAAUAAAGCUAGUGGCAGCGGUAGCACCGUACGGGCAGGGGGAGACGGCCGAUGGCAGGUUCCUAUAUUUGCCUUGGCCAGGAAAGCAUCCGAGACGUUUUCUGGGAGCAUACAUGUCCUGCCCAAGGUGUCAGACCACAGGACGUCCCUGCCCGAGGAGUGGACCCCCAAAGCCCUUCGCGACCCCAUGGCCAUGGAGCGGGCCAACCUGCUGAACAUGGCCAAGCUCAGCAUCAAGGGCCUCAUCGAGUCGGCGCUGAGCUUCGGGAGGACGCUGGACUCGGACUACCCGCCGCUGCAGCAGUUCUUCGUCGUCAUGGAGCACUGCCUCAAACACGGCCUCCGAGUGAAGAAGUCCUUCCUGGGUUUCAACAAGUCUCUGUGGGGUCCACUGGAGCUGGUGGAGAAGCUGUGUCCCGAGGCAGCUGAGAUCUCCGCCUCCGUACGGGACCUCCCCGGCCUCAAGACCCCAUUAGGCAGAGCGCGCGCCUGGCUGCGCCUGGCGCUCAUGCAGAAGAGACUAGCGGACUACUUAAGACUCCUGAUUACCAGGAAAGACCUGCUGAGUGACUUCUACGAGAGCUCCGCUGUGUUGUUGGAGGAGGAGGGAGCCGUCAUCGUGGGCCUGCUCGUGGGACUGAACGUCAUCGACGCCAACCUCUGUGUGAAGGGAGAGGAUCUGGAUUCCCAGGUCGGGGUGAUAGACUUCUCCAUGUACCUGAAGAAUGACAUUGACGACUACAGGAGCGAAGAGAGGAACAGUCAGAUAGCCUCCAUCUUGGAUCAGAAGAACUAUGUGGAGGAGUUGAACAGACAACUGAACUCCACAGUCAAUGGUCUUCAGGGCAGGGUGGACAAUCUGGAGAAGUCGAACACUAAGCUCAUAGAGGAGUUGGCGAUAGCCAAGAACAACAUCAUCAAACUCCAGGAGGAAAAUCAACAGCUAAGAAGUGAAAACAGCCUCAUUUUACUAAAAGCAAAACAACAUUUAGAGCUGACGCAGGGCGAUGUGACCGUGGAAAGGGACACAUACAAACAGUCCCGCCAGGGUCUGGACGAGAUGUACAACGAAGCCCAGAGACAACUGAAGGAGGAGUGCCAGCUCAGACAGGAUGUGGAGAACGAGCUGGUGGUGCAGGUGUCCAUGAAACAGGAAAUGGAACUGGCUAUGAAACUUCUUGAGAAGGACAUCCACGAGAAACAGGAUACUCUCAUCGGGUUGAGACACCAGCUGGAUGAGGUCAAGACUAUCAAUGUAGAGAUGUACCAAAAGAUGCAGACCUCCGAUGACGGGAUGCAGCAGAAGAACGACAUGAUUCAUAGACUGGAGGAGAAGACCAAUCAGAUCUCUGCCACCAUGAAGCAGCUGGAGCAAAGAUUACAGGAGGCAGAGAGACACCGGCUGUCGGCGGAGGAGGGAGCCCGGAGGUUCAAGACGGACUUCGCUAACAAGGCAGACAGCAUGCAGCGGCAGAUCCAACAGCGCGAACGACAACUCCAACAGCUGGAGACAGACUUAAAGAUCGAGAAGGAGUGGCGGCAGACAUUACAGAACGAUCUGGAGAGGGAGAGGGACAGCGUGUCACAGCUCAGCGCACAGGCCCUGCAGAUCGGCGGUCUGAAGCAGGAGUUUCAUCGUCUCCAUGAUGAGAACGUUCAGCUGAAGAGCAUCUGUGAAGACCAGGAACAAGCUCUGGAGGAGCUGGGCUCUAAACUGAGCGAGUCCAAGCUGAAGAUUGAAGACAUCAAAGACGCCAACAAAGCCCUUCAGGGGGGACAGGUGUGGCUGAAGGACAAGGAUGCAAGCCACUGUAAGCUGUGUGAGAAAGAAUUCUCCAUCUCCAGAAGGAAGCAUCACUGUAGAAACUGCGGGGAGAUAUUCUGCAACAGCUGCUCGGACAACGAGCUUCCACUACCCGCCUCCCCUAAACCAGUCAGAGUCUGCGACACCUGCCACGCCCUCCUCCUGCAGCGCUGCUCCUCCAAUCCUACGUGAAGAUGGGACAUCUCUUGACACUCCUCCAAUCGUAUUGAGCAUCAGGUGCCUAAGAACCCGCCCUCCAGUGUGUAUCUUCCAAUCAGAUGUCAGGUGGUCCACAUCCCUGUAAUCUCAGUCUACUGUAUGUGCUGCUAGAAAUCAACGAAGCAUGGGGUUGAACCCUGUCGAUCUAAUUCUUCUACAAAAUAUAUAAUAAGUUAUAACAAAUGCAGUCACAUCUGCGUCAUGUAUUGCUUCAUUGUUUGCAGCGUCUGUUUUCUUUAUUUUUACAAGGGCCACAUUUUUUCACUUUCAGUCACUCAGGCAAAGGCAACAAAGGAUUGUGCAUCGUAGACCGAGAGAACCAAAUAACAAUCAAUUCAAGUUGAGAUAUGUUUGAAUUCAAUUCAGCUCUAUAGAAGUCAUGAUACUUAUUACUAUACGUUAUUAGAAGGCUUAUUUUCUACUGGUUUAAUCAUUGAACUCAACCAUGACGAUGGAUAAAAGUAUUGGAUGUCUACGACUGCCUAUGUCUGUUUGGUUUAUGACAAAAACACUUUCAAAUCCUGACUUUCUGCUGUCAGCAUCUAGGUUGCUGUGUAACUUGCUCAAACCUAUGAUGUGAGCCAUUGCUAACUCGACAUUAUCUCCUCAAUACAGCUGCUGGCCCCUUUUCAAAGGGAUGACUGAUUCUACAUCAGAUGUUUAUCUUGAGUAACUACCUCCAAAGUAGUUUGCAUAGUACUGUAAAUGUGCCAGAGUACAUAUGUACACAAAUAAUCAGUAUAUAUUAGAACUGAUAUAGUAAAGGAUGGCAAGGUAGCACAUGGACUAGUGCCUGGGCUCAGUCACCAAUGAGAUGUCGGCUGGGAUCGCCCCAGCACCAAACAGGAGUAAGAAGCUAUACAUGGAUGGAUGAUGGAGUAUAGACUGCCUGGUUAUACAAACCUCUAUAUGAUAUGAUUAGCGUCAACUUCCCUGAGCACUGAAUAUCUGAAAAGACUGAUUUGCCUGCCCUUGUUUUCAAGUGGCAGGAAUGAGUACUGAGUAAUGAGAUGUAAACUUGAAAAACAUUUGUGUUGACUAAAAGGAGCUUUAAUCAGCAAUAGAAAUAUAUAGAGAACCUCUUACAGAAGACUCGACUAUAGAGAGAACCCCCACACUCGCGUCCCAGGAAUACAAUCCUGUUUCAGCUGCGACUACAGUCCCCCGCCACCAUCAAGGUGAUGGUUUGUGAGUGGAGGCCACUGCCGAGGAGAUGAGCUGCUUGUGGGACAUCUUCUUGGUGAGGAACAGUACAUUGAUUCUCAUAGGGGUUGCUACACCAUGUGUGUGUGUGUGUGUUGAGACUCCUCCAUGACUGUUGUUGGUAUUCUCUGGUCAGUCUUCAGUUCAUUUCAACCCAAACUAGUCAAUAUUUUGAAAAGUAAAUGCCAAAAUUAGCCCAGUGAUUCAUCAUUGUUUGUUGUGUAAAUGUCAAACAUUUCCUUACUUUUCACUUGCGUUUGUUCGGUUUCUUACGCAUUCUGACACUAAAUAUUUACUUGAUCCUUGCCAAACAACUUCAUUGACUUCAUGAAUGGAUUAUUGCCUUCAAGCCAACUUGGUAUUUAUUAUUACAGCUAUUCAAUAAGGAAAUAGGUCAAAUAGCCAGUGUUUUUAGAAUAAAUUAGCUUAUUUGUUUAAUGAAAGAAUGAUUAUACAAAUUUGAGUGUAUGGUUGAUUUUUGUAAAUUCUAAUAUAAAUCAUAUCAUUUUAGUUUAAAUACUGACCGACCUUUACCACUUUGUCCUUACUGUAUGAAUAAUCAUUUGAUUAAUAAUUUGCUGGCACAAACGUAUUUCUUACAUUUUAAGAAAUGGUUUGGAUCUACAAAUGUAACUCUGCACAUAAUUGAGUAAUUCAAUUGUUUAAAAUCUGUUCCCGUGAUAAUUUAAUUGGAUUAGAAGCAGAUCCAGAAUAGCAUAUUUGCAAUGCCCCAUAUAUCAAUGAGACAUGCAUUUCUGAUUUAAAUGUAUGUUGUGUAUAUACAUUUUCUUUAUCAAUAUUGUUUACAUAAUGUAUGUGUUAAGAUAUUUAAGAUGGAUUCACUGUCUAUAACCAUGUUGCCUUGGUACAAGCAGUUUUUGAUAAAUUUUACAAACUUGA